AUGGCCGCCACUCUCCGGGUGCUUUUUGCCCUGGUCGCAUCCCUCCUAUUCUGGACCACCGCGUCCGCCAUCGACUCAGGCCGCUGCGAGAAUGCCCGCUACGAAUCUAAGCCCCGGCUGUUUGUCCUGUCGGACAUCAGCAACGAGCCCGACGACCAGAUGAGCUUGGUCCGCCUCCUGACCCACGCCAACGAGCUCCAGAUCGAAGGCUUCGCUGCAGUCACCUCGGUGUGGAAGAACGACUCCCUCGACCUGGACACCAUCUUCCAAGUCAUCGGCGGCUACGCGAACGUCACGGACAACCUCAACAGCAACGUGCCUGAGGCCGGCGCUUACCCCUCUGCGGAAGAGGUUGCGUCCCGCAUCUACGCUGGACACCCUGUCUAUGGCCUCGCCGCGCUCGAGCUGGAGCCCAGCAAUGCGUCUCUUGCCCUCGUCAACGCUACCGAUGCUUCUGAAGACCCGCUCUGGGUCAGCUGCUGGGGAGGCACGAACGUCCUGGCCGAGGCCCUGAAUUACGUGCAAAAAUCAAGGACUGCGGAGGAGACUGCAGCCUUCGUCAAGAAGCUCCGCGUGUACACCAUUUCCGACCAAGACAACGCCGGCCCGUGGAUCCGAGCAAACUUCCCCACGCUCUUCUACAUCGUCUCCAUCCACGCCUUCGGCGAGUACAACCAGGCAACAUGGCUUGGCAUCUCCUCCGACGUCGACACCGGCGGCCCCGACAAAGCCAUCGUCUCCAACGACUGGCUCGACGAGCACGUCCGCAUCGGCCCGCUGGGCGCCUACUACCCGGACAUCGCCUACAUCAUGGAAGGCGACACGCCCGCGUACCUCGGGCUCCUGCCAAACGGGCUCAACGCGCCCGAGCACCCCGAAUAUGGCGGCUGGGGCGGUCGGUACAAGCCCGUCGAUGCGUCCGGCCUGACCGGCCUCUACGGCAACGUCGCCGACCUGGCUGAGGGCCAGGACGGCAACGCGUGGUUCAGCGCGCAGGCGUCCAUCUGGCGGUGGCGCAGCGCGUUCCAGUACGACUUGGCGGCGCGCAUGCAGUGGUCGAUUAAUGCGACGGAUGCGAACCACCACCCUGUUGCUGUUGUGAACGAUACGUGUGGUGGUGGGGAUGCGCUGGAGAUCGAGUAUCGGUUUGGCGAGUCGGUGGUGCUGGAUGCGUCGGCGUCGUGGGAUCCGGAUGGAGAUGCGCUCGAGUUCAAUUGGUGGCACUACCGUGAAGCUGCGCAGACGGUGACGAAGACGAACCCUCUUGUUUCUCCCAACGUCACCUUCACCAAUAUCGACGAGUCCGGAAGCGUGGUUGAUGUCCGGGUGAAUAGCAAUAUCACCGCGCACAUUAUUCUGGCCAUUGAGGAUUCCAGGCCUAUGAACCUCACGUCUUACAAACGCAUAAUUCUGCAACCAAUCGCAUAA